UCAGUCCCAGUUCAAUUCAAUCCCAGACCUGUUUCAAAUAAAUGGACUGAAAUAUAUCAAUUGGUUUUUUUUAGACUAUUCAUUUCUACUUUCCUUUUAGCUUCCGAGUAUUGCGUACAAGUUCUUAUUAUUGACAGUUUCGGCGAAUGGUGACAUGAACUGACAGUUCGAUUCGCGUGUAUUUACAACUCGUAAACAGUCAUACAGACGAGAGAGACAGUCACAUAGAGCAGAGAGACCGUCACAUAGGCCAGAGAGACCUUCACAUAGGCGAUUAAUCAGAGAGACAGUCACACAUGUAUACCAGAAAGACAGUCACACAGAUCAGAGAGACAGUCACAUAGAGCAGAGAGACCGUCACAUAGAGCAGAGACAGUCACACACAACAGAGAGACGUUCACAUAGAGCAGAUAGACAGUCUAAUGGUGUCAGUAGAAGCUUGUCACACCGGGUGCGAUUCCCAAUAUGGAUAUAUUUUGUGAUAUGUUAACUCUCGACAGUUCUUGACCAUGGGAUUACUAUAUUACCUAAACCUGGAUAACACAUGUAAUUAAAGCUAUGGAUUCCCUUGUAGUGAUUAACAAAUUACGGGAGCAUUUUGACCAUUCAACUGCUGACGGUCGAGCCCAGAGCACAGCAUAUCCUGGCGAUUUUGAUGGAGAGUAGUCUUGGCGUCAAAGAACUUAUUGACUGGGCGGUGAAGAGAGUUGUGGGAGGGGAAUUUACACAUGGAGAUUGCUGGGUGCUCCGGACGCUCCUGAAACUGCACAUCAGGCAAAGUGCGCUGACUGCUAAUCACGACAAACAACAAGAAGAGGUCGUGAGACAUAUUUGUUCUCGAACAAUUGAUGCUCUUACGCAGGGUUGUUACAUAAUGCAAGCAUUCUAUUUCUUCUAUGAAACCGUGGCACUGGUGACAGCUGCUGUUUCUGAGGGUUCAAUAUCUGGACAAGACAUGGCCAAUCAAUGCGCUAUCACUUUAUGGAUGACUUUUUUCAAUGACAUAUCUGAGUGUCAGAAGGAUGAAAAGGAGACUAUCGACUUACUGAAGCAUUUGAGAUACCUAGCCAUUGAACACUGUGAGAACAAUCCCGGAUUUUGUUACUGCUUGUGCCAAGAUCUGACACACGCAUUCAAUAUGAUGGCCUACUCGUUCACUGAGGAUCAAAACUCAAGAAUCAAAGCUUACUUACUUGUCCUAAUGGCUAGAUGCAGCUUUCAAGCGAAGCAGUACAGACUCUGCACAAAACUGUGUGAACAAGCCUGUGAACUGGAGGAAUAUAAAAGUUACAUACCCUUAGAAGUCUGGGCAAACGCUCUUGACAAGGAGAAACAAUAUGGUGCAGCCCUGGGCAAGCUUGAACAUGCAUUGAAAUGUGUGAUGGUAAUUUCAAAUGCUGUUUAAAUUCUUCCACUCCAUUAAACAAAUUCAAAAUGAACCUGCAAUUGCAGAUACUGCUUAUUGUGUCAGUUAACAAUGGAAUACUGUAUUCGUUAAUUUCUGGGGGUUUUCCACGACUGUUCAUAUUCAUAUUUCUACUUUACUUUAAUGGUGUCCGUUUGCCACUUACCCAAAAUACUGAGGUUAUUAUUUCAAUAUAAUUGUUGCUUUAAUCCAUCAUCUCAUGGAUGGAGGAAACACUAGAAGCACUGAAAAAAAAUGAAAAACGGAAAAAGUCAUGGACCAGAUGGUUUCACAACAGAAUUUAUAAACUUCUUCUGGAUAGAUUUAAAUAAAUUCUUGAUACGUUCUUUAAAUUAUACAUAUCUAAAUGAAAAUAUAUCAGUUUCCCAGAACAAGGACUAAUUACAUGCCUACCAAAAUAAAACAAACCAAAGCUUAAAUGGCGGCCACUUUCUCUCCUCAGCACAUCAAAUAAACUUGCAUCAGCGGUUAUAGCCAAUAGAAUGAAAAAUAUGCUACCACUAAUAAUAAAUGAUGACCAAGAAAGUUAAGUACCAUGAAGAUAUAUUGGUGAGGUCACUAGGCUGAUAUAUGAUCUAAUGGAGUAUACAAAUUCUUAUCAAAUACCAGGACUAUUAGUUCUAAUUGAUUUUGAAAAUGCUUUUGGUUCAGUUGAUAGAAAUUUUAUACUAAAUGUGUUAAGAUUCUUUAAUUUCGAACCUAGUUUUCAGAAGUGGAUAAAAACCUUUUUAAUGAUAUGAAAUCAAAGUGUACUUGUAAAUGGAUUUGCUUGCACCUUUUUUCCUAUAGCGAGAGGUUGGCGUCAAGGAGACCCUGUAUCACCAUAUAUUUUUAUCUUAUGUGCAGAAAAUUUGGCUAUACUUAUCAGAAAUAAUAAAACUAUUAAAGGCAUUAAAAAAGGAAAUAUUGAUUAUGUUCUUGCACAAUUUGCUGACGAUACUUCCCAACUUUUAGAUGGCACUGGGAGUAGUCUAUAUACCUUGCUUAAUACUUAAUCCUUUUUUGCAAGGUUUUCUGGCUUGAAAAUUAAUGCUGACAAGACAAGACUGAUCUGGAUAGGCUCUAAAAAUGUACAAUAUA